UUAGCACUUCAGUUGACUGUAAUUUAAACACAAGUAAACAAAUAUUUGUAAUGAAAAGAGAUUUAUCUUCAUAUCUAGGAGCUUGUAGGUUCUUUUGUCUCUCAUAUCUGGGAUAUAGAUCUCUAUCAUGAACCCACAAAACACAAGAAGAAAAGUUUGGUUUAGUUUUUCUUGGUAUGCCAUGUUAAAUAAGUGCUUCUGCCAUUGCUCCUAUAACAUGGCAAUCUAUCCUCAUUUCCUGGCUUUCUGUGACACUUCUAGCACGGGAAUAUUUUACUUUUACCAUCUGUUGUUCUUGUAUAGGUUUUCAUCCGUUUUAGUUUACAAUUUUUGGAAUGUUCAAAAUUUAAAUGUUCCUGCUGUUUCAUCGUCUUUGGCAUGUAACUCCAUAUCUUCAUCUCUAGAUUAGUUUUUCUUUUUCUAUGCAAAUACCAGAUUUGAAAUAAUUAGCCAAACAAUUCUUUCGAUUUCCCCCCUUUUUAAGUCUAGUCCCACAUUGAACUAUAUUGUGGCCGGUGGACAUUGUGGGAUGCAUGAGUAAGGGUCCAUUUGGAAGUUCCCUGAUUGAGGGUGGACUGAAUGUGCUUUGGCCAAUUGUAAGUGUGAAGAUUUUCUGUUUGGAUUAGGGAAAAAGGAGAAACGAGAACCUGCCUAUUAAGUUUCCCAUUCCUUUCUUUGCACCAAAUGCAAGGGGGGUUGGUUCCAGAGUUCAAUGGAAAAGCGGAACUAUUGUUUGGAUUACCAAACAGGCCCUAAGGUCUACCAUUUAUUUGUUGGAAUCAAUUUCAUCUGAUUAGGUGGUUCAUUGAAAAGGAGAAGUUUUACAAAUUCUAUUGCUUUACUGUUACAUUUUUGCCUUUGGUGUGGUUGGUGACUGCUUCAUGUGGUGGACAGUGACAUACAUAAUUUGCGAACUGUAACUCUUAAGCAACAGCAUAAUCGGGUAAAAGUUCAAACUCCUCUUUCUCUUUGUUCCGGUGCUUGAAUUGCUUUCAUGAAUUUGGAAGUGUUCUUUGGAAAAUUUUCACAGGUUAAAACCAGGACAACAAACCAUAACACAUACAAUUUUGGCUCCCAUGUUAUGCAAUAUGGUGAUGUUGGUCUUAACAAGGAGUAUGUCUUCUUGUAUAUUGGUACAAAUCCUGCUAAUGAUAACUUCAGUUACAUUGAUGAGAACACAUUGCCAGCAUUUUCGAGGCCUGUGAACCAAAGAGAUGCAGAUCUUCUUUAUUUCUGGAAUAAGUUCUGUAAAUCCCUUGAAGGAUCUCCUAGGAAACUCAAUGCUCAUAAGGAGUUGCUUGAUGCAAUGGCUCAUCGUCUGCAUAUAGACAACAGUAUUGAGCUCGUUGGGAAGCUUCUUUUUGGAUCUAAGAGGGGCCCAGAGGUGCUGAAGGUUGUCCAGCCCAUUGGGCAACCUUUAGUAGAUGAUUGGGAUUGCCUCAAGACAAUGGUAUGGACUUUUGAGACGCACUGUGGAUCUCUAUCACAAUAUGGCAUUAAACACAUGCGCUCAAUCUCGAACAUAUGCAAUGCAGGUGUUGGAAAGGAGAUGAGGGUAGAGGUGUCUUCGCAAGCAUGCGUCACAAUCCCUGCAGGCCCUUACAGUUCACUUCACCGUGGAUUCAGUACUUGACAUCCACCCUAGUCCGAAACCUUGAU